GCGGCCUUGACCCGGUGUAGCCAGCCUCUCUCUGGCUUCUCUGCGCGCUGUGUGGAGGACGAGCAGAUGCUGGAGGCCAUCCUCAAGUCCAACCCCAAGUCCGAGUACAUGUACGUGGUGGACACCCGGCCCAAGAUCAACGCCAUGGUAAACAAGGCACAGGGCAAGGGCUACGAAAACGAAAGCUUCUACAGCAACAUGAAGUUCCAGUUCCUGGGCAUUGAGAACAUACAUGUGAUGAGGGCAAGUCUACAGAAACUGACGGAACUGUGUGAGUUGAAGAAACCUUCCAUGAACGACUUCCUCUCUCGCUUGGAGACCUGCAGCUGGCUCAAGCAUAUCUCUGCCGUCAUCGACACUUCAGCGUUCAUUGCUAGAGCAAUUUCCGAAGGUACCAGCGUCCUGGUUCACUGCUCCGAUGGCUGGGACCGCACAGCUCAGACCUGCUCCCUGGCCGGGCUGAUGUUAGACCCGUACUACCGCACCAUGCAAGGCUUCCAGGCUCUGAUAGAGAAAGAGUGGCUUUCCUUUGGCCACAAGUUCACUGACCGCUGUGGCCUGCUGGAGAGUGUGGAGACAAAAGAGACGUCGCCCGUCUUCACGCAGUUCCUCGAGUGUGUCUGGCAGAUCAUGCAGCAGUUCCCAUGUGCAUUCCAGUUCAACGAGCGCUUUCUCCUGACCAUACACGACCACGCCUACUCCUGCCAGUUUGGCACCUUUAUCGGGAACUGUGAGAAAGAUCGACUAGAUCUAAGGUUGUCAGAGAAGACAUACUCGCUGUGGGGCUACUUGUGGCAGCAUGCUGCCGAGUUCCUCAACCCGCUCUACAAAAAGGAGUAUGAAAUUCGACACCCGCUUAUCAUGCCCAGUUCAAACCCUCAGGCUCUCAAGUUCUGGCGUGGAAUGUACAACAGAUUUGAGAGUGGCCUCCACCCCCGAGAGAAUGUCAAUGACAUUGUUAGUGCUGCCAAAGAUCACAGCUCUUCCUUAGAGGACCAUGUCUUGUUGCUAGAAAAGAGAGUGACACAAAUAUGCAAGCUUUUAGGCAAGUCGGAUGAGACAAUCCAACGAAAGUUACAGGGUUACCUGUCCAUGGACUCCAUUGACGGGUUUCUCAGUGGCCAUAUAGGGGACGGCCCCGCCCCCUCAAAGUCAUCCAAUCACGAUGACUCUAUGAAGAACUGUAUUGACCUUGAACCCACCUUAAAUGGACGAUUAGCCGCACAAGCGGACGCUGUGACUGGAAACCACAUCAAAAGUGACUCCGAGUCGGGAUUUGACGAGUGCAGCUCGCAGAUGUCCAGGUCUGGGAUCGAUGACGUCGGAGCCUUGGAACUUUCUGGACUUGUGCGGUCACCCAGCUCUGACCAGCUGUCGGUGGAUCAGCUGAUCGCAGAGCUCAAGACUGUUGCUGUGGACUGGAGAUCAUUCCGGAAUGUCCAGAGCUGUAGCUGUGCAUCACCGUUUGAUUACUAUGUCAAGAAAUUCCAUUGUUGGAAGUGUGGUGAAGUGUUCUGCGUGAGAUGCAUCGCCCGCAACAUCUCUCUGCCCGGCCACUACCACCGCAAGCCCGUUCCUGUGUGCAAGCCGUGCUACAAGGAGGUCAAGAGGUCACCAAGCGUAGAGUUUCCAAUCAGCUGACCAUAACGUUGAGAGUUAAGACCUUCAGUGUAGUUAUUUAUUUGUUAGCUCACAGUCCAGUUUCUGUUGUGGAACAUUCUGCAAUAGAGCAAAAGUUCACAGUACAGCAAAACCCUUUAAAAAAAGACUCAUGAAAACAUUUCUUUUCUUGAUAAAUAAAGUACUGGAACAGUGUGUUGCUUGUGCUCACUUUUCAUUUCAUGAGAUUUUAAAGUUGUAGGGGGAGAAACUGUCAAACUGAAGGGUAAAACGGAAAACAGUAAUUGCAUAUAGUGCUUUUUUUCAGCAAUUUUAAAAAUGAAAUAUAAUUUACUACAAAAUCAGGCGCUUGUCAAAAUUAUGAAAGUGAAGAAACUGGCAUUUUUCUGCAGGUUU